UAUUUACCUGGGAACUAUUUCCGCUUGCAUGUAAGCUUCUAAGGACCGGAAUUUUUCUUUUAAAUAUCAGAUCAUUUACCCUAUCGUAAAAUAAGGAUACUAUGGCUCCAAAGCCUAAAUUUCAAGAAGGUGAAAAGCUAUUAUGUUAUCAUGGACCAUUAUUAUAUGAAGCGAAGUGUCUAAAAAUUGAUGCUGAAGAAGGAAAAUCCAUUAAGUAUUACGUCCACUAUAAUGGAUGGAACAAAAGUUGGGAUGAAUGGGUUCCAGAGUCUCGAAUAUUAAAGCCCAAUGAUCAAAAUAUACAAAAAAUGAAAGACUUAGAAACAAGUCAACUUAAAAAAGGCUCCUCAAAAUCUAAAAGAAUGAGAGAAAAACAAAUUGAUAAGACUAAAGAAAAAAAAAAAGAGAAAGUUGAAGAGAAGCCACCUCCAGAAGUGACACGUAAAAAACGCGCAAGAACAACGACAUCCGAUACAGAUAUGCCUGAUGCAAAGAAAAAAAAAGUAGAUUUGGAAACACCUAAAAAACAAGAACAUGAGGAACAAACUUUAGACUGCCCUAUUUCCAUACCAGAAAAUUUGAAAAUUGCUUUGAUUGAAGAUCAAAAACAAAUUGUUGAGCAAAAUAUUGUCUGUAAUCUUCCGCAAAGAAUGACUAUUGAUGAUAUUCUGAAUGGAUAUAUUUUAUACAAAGAAAAAGACGAUGAGUUAAACAAAGAUAAAACCAAAGAAAUUGUAGAAGGACUUAAAGAAUACUUUGAAGAUUUAUUACCUAAGCAUUUGUUGUAUAAACAAGAACGUAGUCAACAUGAAGAACUUAUAACAUCAAAUCCGAAAGUAAGAUUUACUCAACUGUAUAGUAUAUCCCAUUUCUUGCGAUUAUUUGUAAAAUUUGGUCAAUUUCUACCGUUCAAUUCUGAUGAAGGCAAAGAUAAUGAUUUGAAAACGUUAAAAGGCUACGCAGAAGAUUUAUUAGAAUUUAUAAAUAAUAAGAACUAUUUAACGUCGUCUAAACGUAAUUCAAAGUCAGUUGAUGAACACUGA